AUGGCAGCACAGAAGCCGCCAAUUCCGCCUCACAAAAUAUUACCUCACCCACAGCUUCGUAAUUAUCGGAACAAUGAGGAUGUAGGUGAAAUGCCGCUUAACCAUGCGAACUCAGCAAGUACCAAAUUCGUCAUCAAAUGUCCGGAAUGUCGUCAAGUUACCAGAGUUCCUCCUAAAGGCCUACCCGUUAACUAUCGUUUGCAAGGUUAUCUCGGUUUCGUUCUCCAUAGCUAG